CUUCUCAUAUGUCAUCAGCGUACUUACUCCAGACCAAUUCCCCCUUCCUCUGUUCUGUUCUCUAUGGCUCCCUUUUCAAACUAUAUCUCUUUCCUUUUCUUCACAGCCCUUCUCUUGCCUCUACAAAUCAUUGCCAGAGAAAGCCAAUUCUUCAGCAAAGUCACCCAUUUCAACAACAACAACAAUGUCAAAGAGGCAGAACUUCCCAAUCCCAACAAAGAUGAGCAAGUAACAAACAAGCCAGAGCAACAACCAGCUUUCAUCCCUGAAACUGAAAACAGCUAUGGCUUAUAUGGCCAUGAUGAUGAGUCUGCUCAGCUCCCUUCCCCCACCACCACUACAAAUCAGCCACUCAACACAGAGUUUGAGGACACAAGCAAGUACCCAAACAACAAGCACUCCAAUUACUACAACAAUGAUGCCUACAACACCAGACUCUACAACAAGGAUGCUUUGGGAAAUGACCAAAAUGAGUUGACCUACACAAAGGAAGGAAGAGGUGGUUACAACACCCCUCACAUCGGAAAUAACCAAAAUGAGUUGAGCUACUCAGAGGAAGGAAGAGGAGGAUACAACUCCCCAAGGUCCCACAUGGGAAAUCAGAAUAACAAGCAGGAGUAUUACUUCAACAACAACAAUGCUGCCAAUGAGAGACACUACUACUCCAACAACAAUAACAACAAUUAUGCUGCUGUCAAUAACAGGUACAAUAAUGUUGAGAAGCAAGGGAUGAGUGACACAAGGUUUUUGGAGGGUGGAAAAUACUUCUAUGACAUGAACAAUGAGAAAUACAAUCCAACACACUAUGAUGACUCAUACAGAGGAGUGAACACUAAUAACUGGUACAACAACAGAGGCAAUAAUAACUAUGGCAACAACAACAAGAAUGCUUACCAGAACCAGGAGGAGUUUGAAGAUGAACAAAAUGAAUUUGAGCCAUGAGCUUGAAUCAUUAGCAAAGUGAUGUACUAUUGUGCUUUAUAUAUUCAAGAAACACAGAGUUGAAAGUAUAGGUUAAUUAUGAAAUGCUUUUAAUUUCACUUUGUAAUAAUUCUAGUAAGUCUUGGUUCUGGAACUGCAUAAUGUCUCUCUCAUGAUUUGGAAGUACCCCAUAAAGUACAAGAGCGUGUGUAAUUUUUGCUUAUGAGUUAUCAAUGUAUAAGUUGUAUAAAAUGAAGUUGUUUGUUUCUUGCUUA